UUUAGGUACAAUUUUACAAAGACUGUGACGCAUACAUUAUUAUUAAUUAGUACCUACUCUACGAACAACAAAUUAGUGCCUGAGUACUUCUAUGCGGUAAAGCAUGUUUUUGAUUAAAAUGGCCUUAGAUAGAAUACCUUAAUGGAGAAUUUAAAAAUAAUAACGAUAUGUGACGAUGGUUCCUGCUGCUGCUUAUCUCUAAAGGGCACAGUUAUUCUCAUAGCUGUUAUAGGUCUCCUUACGUGUCUGUUGGACAAGCUGUCAAAUGACACGAGCGAAGCGAGCUGCGGUGGAAUUCGAAAACAUUUGGUCACUCUUCGGAAUUUGCUGCUUGCUUUGAAUCAGAUGGCUAACAUGCUACUUCUCCUGGGCUCUAUAGUUGAAAAUGCUCCGCUAUUAUCUAUCUAUCUAUGGCAAAUGCUGGCGUCCAUCGUACUUGGCUUCGUGGUCUCCAUCGUGGAAUUUUGCUUCCGCGUCAGGGAAGAGGGCGCGUGGGGUUUCGCCACUUUUGUGCUAGAAGUUAUCCAUCUAUUUGUGUUAUUUCGCUGCCUUCCAUUAGUGGACACGUACAGGAAACGUCUUAAAGGACUCAGAGGGUUAUUGCUUUAGGUUUGGAUAAUAAAAACACAAUUUUCAAAUACUUGCAUUUCGUUUAAUAUUUUUGUACUAUCUACUAUAUACACUGUGAAUAUUAAAUAUCUAUAGAAAAACGUAUAACAAAAGUAAAUCUAACGCGACUAACCGCUAAAUCGAAAACAAUUAUCGAGCUUAAUAAUUAAAUCUGCCAUUCAAACACAAAAGCAAUAAAAUGACUGAACUCACAAUACGUCAUAAUAUGUAGUACGCACUCACGCGCCGCAUUCUUUAACAGGUUUAGUACGAGUUAAUACAUGACGACAACGUUGAUAGCUAUCGAGUAAUCAAAACAUUAUAUAAUGCAUACAUUUUGAGAUCUCACUCGCCAGUCGAGCUGUAUGACACAACUGUCAUGUGAAAAAUACGAUUUUAGUUCUUAUUUUAAAGAUAAACAGUACUUUUGACAUGACAGUUGACACAUAGAGCUAAAAUAUCGUUAUAAUGUUUUGAAAAUUCGAUCAAACGAUCAAUCGAGUAAAGAUAUGAUACCGAGUAAGCAUCUUUAAUUUUUCGGAGUUAUGUGCAUUUUAAACACUUAAAAUAUCACUUGCUUUAACGGUGUAGGAAAAUAUCGUGAGGAAACUUGCAUGCUUGAGAAUUCGCCAUAAUGGUUUCAAAUAUGUGUGAAGUCUGCCAAUCCGAACUGGGCAAGCGUCGUGGAUCAAACCUUUCCUAUACUGAGCUCUAAAGAGCGCACUUUGACUUUGCUCUGACUUAAGACACUUAAAACGAGACAGCGUUAUACCGCUGGUAUAAAUCUGUCUCGUUUUAACCUAAGCAAAGUCUAAGUGCACUCUAUAGAUUUCAACCUGAGCCGCCGUGCUCAGUAGUUGGCCGGGACGGGUCAUCAAUGAUGAUGAUGAUAAUAAACUAGUAAUGUUUUUCACAAUAUUAAAAACUGUCGUCGUAAAGGACAUCUCGAUAUUAGUUCUAUAGAUAGUUAAGGCAUUAUAAUAAUAUAGAUAGUUUAAGAAUAUAGAACAAAAUAUAGAUUCACACAAUACAAAAUUUUGAAACAAAUUUUGGCACCAACGAUACAGAAAUGCUUACCAACAUGCAUAGACAACUUUUUCAUUAUAAAUAACCGCGUAUGAUAAAUUGUACAGAACUUUAUACA